AUGACUGCUUUUAAUCCCCUUACUGCCGUUCUUACCCAAAAUAAACUUGAGGGUCCAAAUUAUGUUGAUUGGAAACGAAAUUUGGAUAUUGUUCUAAUUGCUGAAGAGUACAAAUUUGUGCUCGAUGAGGUGUGUCCAGAAAAACCUGGAGAUGAUGCCACAGAUGAUGAACAGAAGGCUUACCAGAAAUGGAUUAAGGCUGAUGAGAUGGCGCAGUGUUACAUUUUGGCAUCCAUGUCGAAUGUUCUGCAAAAUCAGCAUCAGUCGAUGGAGUCUGCUUAUGACAUUCUGGAAAAUCUCAAAGAAAUGUUCGGAGAUCAGAAUCGUGCGGCUAAGCAGACUGCCAUGAAAGCCCUUCUGAAUACCAAAAUGGUUGAAGGUUCAUCGGUCAGGGACCAUGUUCUGAAGAUGAUGAGUCUUCUGAAUGAACUGGAGGUCCUUGGAGCUAACAUUGAUAAGGACACGCAGGUUGAAAUGAUCCUGCAGACUUUGCCUGACAGUUUUCAGCAAUUUCGCNUA